CGGCGAAACAGUACCGUGUCCCUUUAAAAGCGUCUGACAAAAAGCCCAUAUGAUCCCCGAGCUCCAAUCACCAAUUCCUCCUGCAAAAGCAGCCUCUGCAUUUUUGUCUGUCUGAAUGCUACAGCAGCACGGGGGGGAAAAAAGAUUGAGGAUAAGGCAAAAACUGAAGAAAUGUGACAAUCCAACGGUGUCUUUCAUGGCGGAGGGGAGACUGCUGCGAAAGGAGUUAUUCUGGGACUCCUUUGAGCCUCGAAACGCCGGAUCAAAAUGCUCAUAGUGGAGAAGACCACAGACUUCCCCUCUGCUGAGUUCUCUCUGGUGGAGGAUGUGGCCCUGCACUUCACCUGUUUGAUGGACAGGCUGAAUGAGCAGCGCCUCUUCCAGCCCGACCUGUGCGACGUCGACAUCGUCCUGGUCCGCCAGCACAGCACCUUCCCGGCCCACAAGGGCGUGCUGGCCGCCUACAGCCCCUUCUUCCACUCCCUCUUCGCCCAGAGCAAGCAGCUGCGGCAGGUGGACCUGUCGCUGGACGCUCUGACCUCUCAGGGCCUGCAGCAGAUCCUCAACUUCAUCUACACCUCCAAGCUGCUGGUGAGCGGCCGCACCGUCCGCGACGUGCUCAACGCCGCCACCCUGCUGCAGAUGAGCGACAUCGCCGCCUCCUGCCGGGACCUCAUCAGCAGCCACUCGCUGAGGGCCACCUGCGCCGACAUGGCCGGCCAGGAGGGGCUCUGCGGCAGCGACCCGGCGGCCGUGGCGAUGCCCGCCGGCCAGCUGUACCGCGAGAUCAAGCAGGAGUCGGAGCUCAGCGGCGUCUACGCGAGGGAGGGCGGCAGCCCGUUCUCCGUCAGGGUGGAGGAGGCCGGCAAGACGGCCGCCCAGGCGAAGCAGUACUAUCAGAAGGAGGAGGGCUCGGGGGGCGGGGCCAGCACAGGCGUGUCGGGACUGUGUAAGGCGGAGAGCAACGGGGAGGAGUCGAAGACAGCGGAGGGCCACGCCUCCUUCAACAGAGACCAGAUCAUCGUGGAGGUCAACCUCAACAACCAGACCCUCAACGUGUCAAAGGGAUCAGAGGGCAAAUCAGCCGCCGCCGCCGAGACCGCCGCCUUGUUCGGUCGUCGCCACGACGACAGCCAAGACUCAGAGGGCGACGAGGAGAACGAAGCGGAGAACGACGACGCGGGCGGAGAGGACGACGACGAGGAGCUGAAGAGGGGGGACGUGGCGGGUCAGAGCAGCGAAGAGGAGAACGAGGAGGAGGAUGAGGAGGAGGAAGAGGAGAACACCCUAAACAUUCCAGGCCUGGAGCCUCCUGAUCUGAUGGACCGGCCUCGCCGGGGCACUCGGGCGCUGACCAUGGCGGCCGCCGCCGCCUCCUUGCGGCAGACGCUGGCCGAGGCCACGCUGGCCAACCAGCGGCCGGGCGGGAAGAGGAUGCUGGAUGAAGGCCUGGGCCAGAAGGUGCGGCUGGAGGAGAAGCAGCACUUCCCCUGCAAGAAAUGCCCCCGCAUCUUCAACAACCGCUGGUACCUGGAGAAACACAUGAACGUCACUCACAACCGCAUGCAGAUCUGCAACAACUGCGGGAAGCGCUUCCUGCUGGAGAGCGAGCUGCUGCUGCACCAGCAGACCGACUGCGAGAAAAGCAUCCAGUGCGUGACGUGUGGCAAGGCCUUCAAGAAGCUGUGGUCGCUGCACGAGCACAACAAGAUCGUCCACGGCUACGCCGAGAAGAAGUUCUCCUGCGAGAUCUGUGAGAAAAAGUUCUACACCAUGGCUCACGUCAGGAAGCACAUGGUCGCCCAUACGAAGGACAUGCCGUUCACCUGUGAGACCUGUGGGAAGUCGUUCAAGCGCAGCAUGUCUCUGAAGGUUCACUCUCUUCAGCACUCGGGAGAAAAACCCUUCAAGUGUGAGAACUGCAGCGAGCGCUUCCAGUACAAAUACCAGCUGCGCUCCCACAUGAGCAUCCACAUCGGACACAAGCAGUUCAUGUGCCAGUGGUGCGGCAAGGACUUCAACAUGAAGCAGUACUUCGACGAACACAUGAAAACACACACUGGAGAGAAGCCGUACAUCUGUGAGAUCUGUGGGAAGAGCUUCACCAGCCGGCCCAACAUGAAGCGCCACCGCCGCACCCACACCGGCGAGAAGCCGUACCCGUGCGAGGUGUGCGGCCAGCGCUUCCGCUUCUCCAACAUGCUCAAGGCCCACCGGGAGAAGUGCUUCCGCGUCAGCAACCCCAUGGUGCCCGACGGCGGCGGCGGCGACACCCUGGGCCCGGACCGGCCCCCGCUGGCCUCGCCGCCCGCCGACCCCCCCGCGCAGGUCCACCUGGGGACGGCGCUCCCCGCCACGUCUGCCACCACGCCCGCCGCCGCCUCCAGCCCCCACCCGCUCCACGGCACCCAGCUGUCCCUGCCCCUGCUGCACUCCAUGGGGGGGCUGCCCCCCGCCCCGCAUUUACCCCCGCCGCCGCCCCUCUUCUCCGCCGGUAGGAUGAACUCCAACAACUAACAGAUCCGUGUAGCAUCGAAAGCACUUUGUUACUUUUUGUUUUUUUUUCUUGUUUCUUUGAGCUUUUAAAGAGGACUCCUGCGGCGGGAAAGAGAUGCACCUCAGUGGCAUUUACAGCAGGAGGAACUGUGUGAAGGCUGCACAUAAAGGAGGAAAAAACACACACACACACACACACACACAUGCACCUACAAUAAAAGCAAAAUAGGUAAUUUUUUUACUCUGUUGAAUACAAUAGAUAACCUCAGAGUCCGGCGGGACGAGCUGUCGUCACUCUUCUCCUCAUGAAGUUCACGGUUUCAUUUGAGUUUCACCACACGGCUCUACAAUUCAUUGAUUGUAGCAUCUUUUACAAAACGCGAGGAAUCCUC